AUGAAGGAGGAGGCUUCCAAAUGCUCGGAUCAGACCCUUUCUGAUCACACGCUUGGUAAAGAGCUGCAGAACACGAGGACAGGCCAAAGGCAAACCAGAGGGAUGAGGACUCGCCUGGGCUGCUUGUCUCACAAGUCGGACUCCUGCAGCGACUUCACCGCCAUCCUUCCGGACAAGCCCAACCGGGCUUUGAAAAGAUUAUCGACAGAAGAAGCUUCCAGAUGGGCUGACUCUUUUGACGUCCUCCUGUCCCAUAAAUACGGAGUGGCUGCAUUUCGUGCUUUCCUGAAGACAGAAUUCAGCGAAGAGAACCUGGAAUUCUGGCUGGCCUGUGAGGAGUUCAAGAAGACGCGAUCCUCUGGCAAGCUGGCUUCCAAGGCCCACCGGAUUUUUGAAGAAUACAUUGAUGUGCAAGCGCCCCGAGAGGUGAACAUUGACUUCCAGACUCGGGAGAUGACGAGGAAGAACAUCCAGGACCCUUCUCCAUCGAGCUUUGACCAGGCCCAGGGGAAGGUUCACAGCCUCAUGGAAAAAGACUCUUACCCCAGGUUCCUGAGGUCCAAAAUUUACACAGACCUGCUGUCUCAAACCCAGAGGAGGCUCAGCUAG